AUGGCGACGGGCGUCUUCGACGGGGCGGUCUUCGCCGCGCGCCGGCGUCACGACGACGACGACACCACGCGCGACAGCAUCUUCACCUACACCAACAGCAACAACACGCGCGGUCCCUUCGAGGGCCCCAACUACCACAUCGCCCCACGCUGGGUGUACAACCUGACGUCGCUGUGGAUGAUCUUCGUGGUGAUCGCCUCGGUGUUCACCAACGGGCUGGUGCUGGUGGCCACGGCCAAGUUCAAGAAGCUGCGGCACCCCCUGAACUGGAUCCUGGUCAACCUGGCCGUGGCCGACCUGGGCGAGACGGUCAUCGCCAGCACCAUCAGCGUGGUCAACCAGAUCUUCGGCUACUUCAUCCUGGGCCACCCCAUGUGCGUCAUCGAGGGCUACACCGUCAGCGCCUGCGGCAUCACGGCGCUCUGGUCGCUGGCCAUCAUCUCCUGGGAGCGCUGGUUCGUGGUGUGCAAACCCUUCGGCAACAUCAAGUUCGACGGGAAGCUGGCGGUGGCCGGGGUCCUCUUCUCGUGGAUCUGGUCCAGCGCCUGGACCGCCCCACCCAUCUUCGGCUGGAGCAGGUACUGGCCCCACGGGCUGAAGACCUCGUGCGGGCCGGACGUGUUCAGCGGCAGCACG